AUGGCGUGGCCCACAGCAGAGACGGAGCAGGUGGACAAAGUUAGCCAUGGCUGCACUAUGUUCCGUCACGAAAAGCCUGGUUCUCCAACGCUUCAAAUCUUGGCCUUCGAAACAGCCAGAAACAUGUCCCGUCUUGUUGCCUUGUACAAGUCUUUGACCGACGAGGAAUUCUUAAAACUACGGAACGGUCCCAUGAGAUCCCCUGGCGUUGCGUUCUUGAACUCCACGGAUGAAACCUAUCUCCUUAGCCUCGUCUGCCAAGAGAAGCUCGAGGAUCUCAAUCAGAUUGCCUCCAUUGUUUCACGUUUGGCUAAGAAUUGCAACGGUGAAGAACUCAACAAGUUCGAAACCGCUUUCCGGAACAUGAAACAGGGAGCCGUUGAUGUCCGCAACCUUGAUUUUAACUCCAGACAUGUUCGUAAAAUCAUUGAGAAGAUGGAGGAAUACGCGAGCGCCACGUCUUUGCUGCACUCCUCUUUGGUAGCCCUCAAUGACUUAGAGUCAUCGGAGAAAAAAAUACAGAGAUUGAAGGCAAACGAUUGUCCCGAAAUUCCGUCGGACAAGACCAACCUGGACUUGUACAACGACAAAAUCUCUUUCCAAAGAAAACAGGUUCGAUAUUUCAGACAAGUUUCCCUUUGGAGCAAAACAUUCGAUAAGUGCGUUGGGUUAAUGGCUCGUAUCGUUUGCACCGUUUACGCCCGAAUAUGCGUCGUUUUUGGACCCUUUGUUCCAGGCCUUGUUUGCACCAUGUUCACCAUCACCACCAAAAAUUACUUUAGGCGCCUCCACGUUUCGCGCUCGAAAGCUUUCCACAUGAAGGUUUAUCCAGAGGCGGAAUAUUGCCUCUUUGUAAAAGAAGAAAAUCACAUGAGAAAGGCCUCCAAGUCGGGUCAUUCCAGGUUCAAACGAGGUCCUACCACCCGUUUCCCCAGCAGCGAACUAUCACCUGAAGCUAAAGGCUUGGGGUUCCUGCUUUCUGGUGUCACCGCCACUAAAAACAACGUUGAGGUAAAUACUAGAAGAAACCAAAGGUUGAUACAAUCGGCUCCGGCGAACACUGUAGGGGCAGCAGGGCUUGCCUUGCGUUACGCAAACCUAAUCACCAUGGCAGAGACCUACUUUUACUCGACGGCAAUCAUCACCGACGAUGCACGCCAGCUCAUGUUCGAGAUGUUACCAGUACACAUGAAACGAAAACUGAGAGUGAAGCAGAGAAAACAUUGGUACAAGGAAGCUAAGGAGCGUGAGGAGCAGGGUUUGGCAGAAGGGUGGAAAGAGGCCUUGGAGGAAAUAAUAGAGUGGCUGGCUCCAGUGGCGCAUGAUACACUAAGGUGGCAGCAGGGUAGGAACUUGGAGCAACAAAAAUUGAAUGCAAUGCCGAGUGUCCUAUUGUUCCAAACGCUGCAUUUCUCAGAGUUGGAGAAAACGGAGGCUGCAAUCGUGCAGGUGUUGAUAGGAUUGAGUUGUAUAUAUAGAUACGAGAAUCGGCGGAAGAUGAAUGGGGUUGGCUAUAAGGAACCCAACGUUACAUCAUGA